UGUACAUUUCAAAAGUGCUGAACAAAUAGUUAUAUUGACCACGUCCGUCCUAUCUCGUUCAUUAAUGUCUUAAUGGAAACUACGGAUUGCCUCGUAUCUGCUUGUCGUCCCCUUACGCCAUAGUUUGUACAUCUCAAUUGUCAGUAGAAACCACAUUUGUUUAAGCAAGUCAGCCAUAUCAGCUGUUUAUUUUAAAGGCAGUUAAUGAGGCUGAAUGAAGAGACGCCAGAAAAAAAACACAUUUCACGUGUUUCUGUCACAUCAUGUUUCUGCAGGCGGCAGAUUCCCUGUAUUUAGAUCACUAGAACGGCCCAGGUCAUUAUGAUAGCGUUUGGAGAUUAGUAACUUGUCGGUGCGCGUUUUAUGAUUUUCGAGAAAUAUAUAAAGCCACUCGCAGUCGGAGUAAAAGCGUGUUAUGAAAUCGGUUUCACAACAGGGCGGGACUCGGGUCUGUCCACCAAUAGCAUACCCGUCACAUGAUCUUUAUUUAUGUAAGGUAAGGCCUUACACUGUGUGGCUUGGGCUUUUUCGAGCAUUAUCCACACGAUGCGCAUCAGAGCAGGAAGCCUACUUCUCCCGGCUGUGCUUUUACAGUAAGAGUGAGAAGUACGAGACGCGAAGAGACGAUCCGACCUUCUGUUCAUCAUGAUGCCAGGAAAGAGAAGACGUUACGUGGUGUUGUUCCAAACCAAAUACUUUAUGCUUGGAAAACGCAUGUGAAUGAAUCGGAAGGGUUUUGUCAGUUGGAAUUACACUAAGGUCUUUAUGGUAUGGUUGGAUCUUGGGUUCCGCUAGCCUUUGUUUACUAAAUCAGAGAGUCUAGCAGUCCGGUCAUGUUAAUCGGAGAAGAGUGUCCGUCGUUGCUUAGAUGGUGAUUAGAUAGGGACUCAAACUGCUCACGGACCGGCGGUGGUGACAUAACCCCGCAACUGUGCCACCAUGGAUCUACUUGAGUGCCCAAUAUGCCUGUUCCUCAUGUGUGAACCGGCCACCAUGUCCUGUGGUCACACGUUCUGCCGGAGCUGCCUGGGGAACUACUUGUCAUCCGGGUGUCCAGCCUGCAAGGAAAUAUUUAAACAGAGAGACCCCAAAAACAUCAAGAACAACAUCCUACUAUUCAGUGUCAUUGAGAAGUGCUGCCCAGAAGAGACGAGGAUAAAGUGUCAUAUUCUGGAGAAACUCAAAACCAGCGAGUUCACAGAAGCUUUACGCAUCGCGAAUGAAGGGAUACGACUAACUCCUUGUGAUGUGAGUCUGAAGGUGUGGAGAGCGGAAGCCAAUAUGGGACUGAGACUUUUCUCUGAUGCCCUGAGGGACCUGGAAGACCUCUCCUGUGUUCACACCAACUGGACAGAGGGUUUCCUUCGUAAAGGUAAUGUGUUACUGGAGAUGGGUCGUCAGUCUGAAGCCCUGAUCCAGUUUCACCGCUGUCUCAAGCUACAGGCCGACUUCACUCCUGCCAAGAGCCAGAUUAAAAAGAUCCUGGAGACGGAGGGCAUGUCAGUGCCUGAGGAGGUGCCCCAGAUCCUCCAGGUGGUCUCAGAGUACCUCAGAGGCCACUGCCCCCCCAUCACAAUCCUGUUCCCUGAGAGCCACACACACAGCCACACACACUGCCUCAACAAAAGCUUCCGAUACCCUCAGGUGGAGGGGGCAGACGGGGACAAGAGAGGAGACUUGGAGACAGGGCCAAAGGUGAAACAUGGGACCAGUACUGAGUGCUGUCUCAGUCUCUGUCAGACCGUGUCCUUCCUCCCUACAGCGGAGGAUGAUGAGGAGAUGAUGAGGAGGAGGGAGGAGAGGCACAGCAGGGGAGGCUGCCGUCUGGACAGAAGAGAAUCUCUGAGUGUCCUCACUGUGUCUGACUUUGAAUGUCCCCUCUGUAUCAGGCUGUUCUAUGAGCCAGUGACCACUCCCUGUGGACACACCUUCUGUAGGACCUGCCUCGAGAGAAGCCUCGACCACAACCUCCGCUGCCCCCUCUGCAAACAGCCACUACAGGAGUACUUUAAGAACAGGAGGUACAACCCCACGGUGCUGCUGCAGGAGAUCAUGUCUCACCUCUUCCCCCUGCAGCUGGAUGAGAGGAAGCAGGUCCACGAGACUGAGAUGGCCGAACUAUCCAAUCUAACUAAGGACAUCCCUAUCUUUGUGUGUACGGUGGCAUACCCGGGCGUGCCCUGUCCUCUCCACAUCUUCGAGCCUCGUUACCGCCUCAUGAUGAGACGAUGCAUGGAGACGGGCACCAGGAAGUUUGGCAUGUGCAGCUACGAACAUGGAAAAGGAUUUGCAGACUACGGCUGUAUGCUGGAGAUUCAUAGUUUAGAGGUGUUGCCUGACGGUCGCUCGUAUGUGGACUGUGUGGGAGGAAGUCGCUUCAGGGUCCUGAAGAGAGGACAGAGAGAUGGAUACCACACCGCUGAUAUAGAGUACAUGGAGGACCACAAGGCUGAGGGGUCAGAGUUGGAGUUAUUGCAGAGCCUCCAUGACAGUGUGUAUGAGCAGGCCCAGGACUGGUACACACUCCUCAACACACAGCUCAGAGAACAGAUCAGCAGACAGUAUGGAACCAUGCCUGACAAGGAUAACAACAUACAGGCCUCCAACAAUGGUCCAGCGUGGUGUUGGUGGUUGUUGUCAGUUCUCCAGCUGGAUCCUGCCUACCAGACGACCGUCCUGUCCCUGCCCUCCCUCAACGACCGCCUGGGACACCUGCGCAUGGUUCUGGGGUACUUCUCCCAGAGCUAGAGAAGAGGAGGAGAUAAAGGGAUACAGCUUUACUGGGCUUUCUGCCGCUUAUCCAGUACCGUACACAGAGGAGAAGAUCAGCUCUACAGACUGGAUAAUGUGAAACAUCACACACACACCCACUAAUAUAUCACUCACACACAUAUCCCACAUACACUACCUGUCAGGCCCACUCCCCACCCCUGUAUCUUCAGCAAGAUGUUACUGGGUUUAGAGCCUGUCGCCAUGGAGAUCAUAUGUCCUAGCUUGAACCCAUUUUACCUGGCCAAGAGCAGAAAGAGAUUGUUUUAUCACUUACAUGAAUAAUGUGUUUGUUCGUAGAUGCAUCAUAGGUAAAACUCAGAUUGAGGGGCAAAAUAAGUGUGACACCCCUGCAGUAUAAGGUUCAACUCAAACUGUUCUGAUUCUUGCCAAGGGAUGUUAACCUGGUGGUAAUGUCUCAGAUAACCACUAGGUGUCCCUGUUCUCACUGUUUCCCUUAUCAGCCAAGCAUAAAGAACACUGCCAUGGCAACUGACCCUCAUGCAUGACAUAACCAGCCAUCUCAGAAUCAGAUCUGAUUCCUAUGGCUGUAAAGUGCUUGAAGAAAAGCCAUUUAAAAAAGUGUCACAGAUCGCUCUGUCUUGCAGAGCUGAGAACUUGAUUUCCUGGGUAACGCACAAUAUGCUAUUUAUAAGGCUUGGGUUAAAGUUAUAUAUAGUUUAUAAUAAUCAUAUUGUAUUUUUUGGGGGGUUCUUUAAAACCUUGGGAAGCUACUAUAUUGUGAAAAACACAGUCAGCAGCCAUUUUGAGUGACUAGCGCGACAGUAUAAUUACUAUUGCAGUUACUGUAUCUUCACUGCCUUGUUACCAAUAUUGAGUAGGAUGUAAUAUUAGUGUGUUAUUGCAGUAAUGAUCUAUUAUGAAACAUUGAAACAUAAAAAGGCGCCGCCUGGGUGAAAAUAAUAAUAUUUCAGAGUAAUGUGAAUUAAAGCUGCUGAAGCCUGA